AUGGCUUCAUCAACUCCAGCACCGCCAAAACGAGCUGCAGAGGAUCCGACAGUCCAGAGAGAGCACAAGAGACCACGAGCUGUGACGACUUCGCAGGCCCGCGGAGUGACGCCAGUCGAAGAUUGCAUCGUCGCGAGCGUACUAUGGACCAAUCCAGGAUCCACUGUUGAGGGUAAUCAUGGCCUGUUCAGGAGCUUGUCACAUACCAAAACCUUCGAGGACUUAAGGUCACAUCUUCAAGCACAUACACGAACUUUCGAACUUUUCGACAACGCGAUCAUACAAACAAAUCUCAGAAGACUGUUGAUCGAUCAAGUUAUUGUCAUGGCUAUGAAUGACUACACAUGCAAAACAGGCAAAGCUGGUCGCAUGAUGCAUUGUCAUGGUCAUUCUACCCAUGAUACGAAAGAAAUGGGCAUGGUCGUGUACUUUGCCGGUCGGGGGUGGAGUGUCGGACAACGAGAACAUUACACCAAGGCCAGACCUUAUGCUCGCCUGCAGAUGAGUGGAAUGUUUGCCGGUUACCACUGGAAGGAUCUCGACACCACCACCCUGAAGGUGCGCAUACUGGACAUGAAGCUCAUGAUCAAAGACGGAGGAAAGUGGUUCAAAGCCACUUUCUUCCUUCUAGCUAAGAACUUGGGAGAAGCGAAGAAGCUCUACGGCAAUGACAUUGUGAUCUGGUGGCUUGAUCACAAGCUGUACUGCACAAAGCUUGGAGAUAUCUUGGGUUCUCUGCUACUUCCGGCCACUUACACGUAUCCUGAACUUGCAGAUCCACCCCGACUCAGACUGCAUAACAAAUUGUUCCAGGGUUUUGUUGCUGGCUACUUGCAGUUCUAUUGGUAUUAUGUACCAGGGUCACAACAAUGUCAAGAGUGGGGGGCAUAUCGCGAAAUCACCACAAUGUGCCUUACAAACUUGGCUUUGAAGCGAGAAUUCGUUGAAUCUAUACGGUCCCUUCUCAAAAGUCCUUCAACUCGUAUGAGUUGUGGAUUCCUCGCAGAGAUGGAGAUCUUCGAGAAGCUCGAUGCGGCCGGCGUACCCUAUAUUCGAAGCUACGAAGGAGCGACUGUCGAUGGCGCGUUCUUCUGUGGUACCGAGAAGGAGCUUGCUGAUUUUCAGGCCCGCUUCGGACCAGAUGACACCUACGACAAGUGGAGAUGGGCUUUGGACCAUCAGGGUACGAUGUUCAUCACAUUCGAUGUUAAAUAUGUGUCCCUUCGAGCAUCAAGAACAAGAAUGCAGGACUAUUCUUUCACAGAAAUCACCAGGGCCAAUACCAACAAGAAUGCCGAGCUCUACCUUCUCUCUUUCGAAGGUGUGGCUGACUACACAGCCAUCGUCCCUAAGCUUGUCUGGGAAAAGGCCUCCAGCGUGUCCCACGGUAUCGACCCCCUGAUUGCGAAGAUUCCAUCAUGGUGUUUUGGUUUCAUGGUUCAUGAUGAUGAUAUUCGUACUGUUGUCCUCGACAUGAUAUCUACAUCCGUCAGCCAAAGCGGUCACGUCCGAAACCCAACUGUCGGUACAACUCUGACAGGCUAUCGUCCCAAAGCGACGACCCAAACAAACUAUCUCAUUCCUACUCUUGGCGGUCAGGCUCGCGCCCGAUCGGCUUACGAAGCUGUCACAUGGCUGUGGACGAUGUUGGAUGAGAUGAAGCCCCGACCAAAGGUCCACUUCAAUCCUCUUGCACCCUUAGUCUGUGAUUAUCUCUUGGAGAUGCCAGGUCUCCAACACGCAUUGAGAAUCGAGGCAAAAACAUCGCAAGCAUUAGGAGCUCACAAGACAAUCACUAUGGAGACUGGAGAGGCUCGUUCACCAUUCGCCCCUGCGCGUCAAUGGCAUUUCCUAAUCUUACAGGGUGGGGUUGGGAUAUCUGCAUUCAUUUGCAUUGGAAGACACGAGGUCCAAGACAAGUGGCAGGACCAACCUUCCUGGAGGCAUGAAGAUUAUUCAGAGUUCUUGUUCGAGGGACCAGAUGCGCUUGAGCGUAUAAUCAACCAUAUGCGUUCCAAAUACUCGGAGGUAGUCAAAAAGGUUCGCCAGAUCGCAGUAACUGCAAGUCUCAACGCUGUUGAUCUGGAAUCCCUUAUUACUUCAAACGCCGCCGACAGACUAGCGGAAGCCUUGAGAAACACCACAUCCAUAUUACCGGCAAGUCUGGUUUUCCACUCCCCUGGGUUACCCUGGGUAGCAGCAGCGCUCAAUGGACAAUGUCGUCGCGCGGAACGUGGUAUCUGCUUUGCAUUGGAUUCAGGUCAUCCUGUGUGCAGUCAUGUAAUGCUUGACUGGCAUUGGACCCAUGAAGAAGGCGAACGUUACGAUACUGAAGGAAAACUUCCUGUGUUUCCAUUUUCUCAGAAAGCUAUGGAUCUACCAUGUGUUCCUCUUGAUUUUGUCGAUAUGUCCGGCGCCAAAUCCGCUCUACCACUGGGUAUGCGGGAAUACUACUGGACGAUUCCAACAAUCGAGCAAAACUUCCUUAUGAUUGGCAGUACUUUUGCAUCACAAGAUCUGGAACCAACAACAGAGUUCACGCCUUCCAACUACCUCAUGUUUCCGUCCCAACACCUCAGUCGUAUGGACGGAAAGGUUCGUAAGCCGGUGUCCACUGAGGGGUAUGAUGGCAGUGCUUUCUUCCGCCGUAUCUAUCAAGCGUGGAAUGCAGCUGAUCCAGAGCUCUGGACGAGUCAGAGAACUGACGUUCUACCUUUCAACCAAAAGAGCGUGUUCAUCAAUGACUCAGAGGUCGACCCCAAAGACUACUUUGUGAAUCUCCAAAACGGUAGACUCAGGGCUCAGAUAUUUGAGAUUUUCGAGGAGGGCGACGAGAUGAGGAUCAAAGGAUUCCAAGAGAUUCAACCCAACAAACCAUUCUCUAAGGCUCUUUACCGCAGCACAUUGAGAGUCAUGCACCAGGCUGCGUGGGACUUCGGUGUAAAGCAUGGCUCUGACUCUUUCUGCUCUUAUCGUCUGCCGGAUAGAAAAAUGAGCUUACCAACCAAGCGAGAAGUGGCUCAGGCCCUGGAUCGCAUCACAGGUGAACUCAGCAGUGAUAUCACCGCCGACAUUGCUCUAAUCUGUUCCGCUGCCAAAACCCCCGAGCGCCGGCGAUUUAUCCAGGAGUGGUGUCCUCUGGUUAGGCCAGACGAGAAUCACGAUCAAGACUCCGUAUCCGAUAGUGUCAUCACACUCCGGAAGAAGCUUUGGGCGCGAAAUGAGUUCGUAGCUCACCGCAAGACAAAAGCGAUCCUCGUGGGCAAGCCGCCUGGAUGGAGUCAAAUGAUGUUCUGUCGACUACUUGACAGAAUCCACCCUUUCCCAAGCUGCCUCGAGGAGUCGAGACAGGAGAUCAUGGCAGCCUCAGGGAAUUUCGAUCAUUAUGCAGACAAUCGAACAGGAACAGAAGGUAAAGUCGCUCACAUCGCGUCCCUUCCGGCAGACACAGACUCAGAAAGCAUCACACGUACUGCUGCCUAUUCGCUCUGCCAAAUGAUGGUGCUAUCGGUGCUCUCUAGAACAGAGAAACUUAUCAGGGAUGAAGUCGAGACUGAGACGGCCAUUGACCGAAAGGAAUUGCUCAUGAAGCUGCAGCACUCCCUAUCCAGAUUCUGCGAAUGCUUUCGCAAAUGGCAGGGUUGA